AUGCGCAGACGGUCGACCUACAUCACUCACCCCAACCGUGCCGUGAACCCAGCCGAUAUUCAGGUCUACAAAAAUCAGCUCCUCCUCGGAGCACUUCAGGCCGCUCGGGAAGAGCGAUUGACUCUAGACUUCAAAGAACUGCCCCAAGACGUCGUAGAUGUCCUGCGGGAUUCUCACGAACUGCAUCUCCGCUGGGCUUCUGAACAUCCAUAUAACACCACCGCACCAUUUCUGUCGCGGACUUCUCCAGGACUUCACAUUGGAUACACCCCUUUGAAGGAAGAUCAACCCGAUCGACUAUGCAAUUUUCUCCGCAAAUUGUUCGGCCAAGCACUUCGAUGUGAAUCACCCAAGUCCACCUUCAUCACCCCCCCUUUGAUAUCCGAACGCUUUGCGCGGACUUCCUCGCUCCAAUACUAUUCUCUUCUCCCUUCGUUGAAGAGUUUGGUAGCUUACAUUCAGCGCAAUGUCUGCGCCCCAUCCGAUCUCACGUGUCUCCAUACAGCAGCUCUGCUCAACAUCGCCGACUCGGUAGACUUCGAUUAUGACAGCAUCUCUCAUGCUUUUACACUAACCGCAUUUUGGUCCAAGCAGCCGGCAGUUUCCUACGAUCCCAUUGGCGAAUUUACGACUCUCGAGGCAUGGAAUCUUGACGUCGAAUCGAAAGAAGGAGACCGGGUCGAAGUCGGCAUUCUCAGGGCAUCCACCGCGACGGACCCAUCAGAUCUUCAGCUCUCGGGUUUCCUGACCGUCGUUGGUGAAGAUGACCAUCCCAAAGCUACACUGUUUAGCUUCCCUUCUCGACAUCUCAGCCUGAAUGCGGAACAAUCAAAGGUCCAGAAAUACACGGUUUCAUUCGACCACCCUCCGGGAUUGCACCCGACUUUGAGGAUUUCAUUUCCUGCCGCUUCGUCACUCAUGGAGCCGGAGAAUAAACCUGAAGGGAGUGUUUGCGCAUUGCAGACGUAUUUAACCCUUCCAUCCCAUAUCUUCGCCGACCAAUAUGCUUUCCUGAGCAAUGAUCCUCUCUUCCAGAAAUCCCAUCAUGUUGGCCCAUUGCGAUCCAUUGCGGGCGAGACAGAUCUCGAAGCUCCAGAUUAUGUGGUCGACAAAUGGGGUUCAACGAUGUUACUGGAGAUUCGUUCUCCGAACAACAGCCGCGAGGCGGAAUUGACCGCUGCUGCUGGACCGUGGGACGUAACGAUUCCUCUACAUCUUCGUUACCUGAAGCCACAAGCUGGCGGAAUAUCGGACGUUGACAUGCCCUGGCCAAUUGUCUUUUGGGCUUGCACGGCGGAAGAAGGCACCAGAUUCCCGGUGAAUCCUUUUGACAGGACACAGCUAGGCUUUGACGGACUCUUUGGACCAAGAACAGUGUUUUAUCAUCUAGAUCCUGUUCCUAAAGGGCCCCCUACAAGCAAGUUAGUUGAGCGAAUUGCAGUCCCGGUCUUGGACACGCAGGUAUCAACCCCCCAAACUAUUGAAUGGGUAACGGUUCUCACCAUAGCACUGGGAUUCUGCUGGGUUCUACUGAAGCUGAAACCAUUGUAUUCGGCCACGCAAACUCCAGACGAAGGUGUCUCCAGCUCAAAGAAAAAGCAGUAA